CCAUAGAUCAAAAGAAAAAGAAAAUGUUACCCAUUUUCUUCCUUGUACUUGUCCCAAUUUUCCUAGCGUUUAUUUUCAAAAAACUCAAAUUCACACCCAGUCAUCAUCAACCUCCGGGACCUUCAGGUCUUCCCAUAAUAGGAAACCUACUUCAACUUGAUAACACAAACAUUCACAAAUAUUUAUGGCAACUUUCCAAACAAUACGGCCCUCUCAUGUCUUUAAGACUAUGUUUCAAGCCCACCCUCGUCGUCUCUUCAGCUGAAAUGGCUAAACAAGUUAUGAAAAUCCAAGAUCUUGAUUUUUGCAGUCGGCCAAAUCUUGCCGGUCUGCGAAAAUUAUCUUACAAUGGUCUUGACUUAGCUUUUGCACCUUACGAUGAUUACUGGAGAGAGAUAAGAAAAAUUUGCGUCGUUCAUCUUUUUAGCGCAAACCGUAGCCAAAGUUUUCGACCCAUCAGAGAAGAUGAAGUUUUUAACAUGACUAUAAACAUUGCGAAACUAGCUGGUGAAUCUAAACCUGUAAACUUGACUGAACAAAUGAUGGGUCUUACGAGUACUUCUAUUUGCAGAGUUGCCUUCGGUAAGAAGCUCGAGGAAAACGAAGCGAAGAGAUUGCAUAAGCUGCUUACUGAAACACAAAAUAUGUUUACAGCUUUCUUCUUUUCGGAUUAUUUUCCUUACGUCGGAUGGGUAGUUGAUAAAAUGUCAGGACUCAUGUCGAGACUUGAAAAGAAUUUUCAAGAAUUUGAUGUUUUCUACCAACAACUUAUCGACGAGCAUCUUGAUCCUAAAUAUACAGAAAGUAUGCAUGAGCUGCACGGCAACUUUCUUGAUGUUUUGCUUCAAAUUUGGAAGGAUCAGUCUCUUAAAAUCCAGCUAUCUUUUGAUCACAUCAAAGCUAUAUUGAUGAAUGUAUUUGUUGCUGGAACGGACACAAGUGCUGCUACUGCGGUUUGGGCCAUGUGCUUUCUAAUGAAAUAUCCUGAAGCAAUGAGAAAAGCUCAGCAAGAAGUUAGAAAAUUAGUGGGACAAAAGGGUUUUGUUGAUGAAGAUGAUGUCCAACAAUUGUGUUACCUAAAGGCAGUUGUGAAAGAGACAAUGAGACUCCAACCAACAGUCCCAACACUACUCCCAAGGGAAUCACUCAACAAUUGCACUUUAGGAGGUUAUCGGAUCAUGAAAGAAACCCUAAUUUUUGUGAAUGUAUUUGCAAUUGGAAGAGAUCCUCAAAUUUGGGAGAAUCCAUCCGAGUUUGUUCCUGAAAGAUUCUUGAACAGUCGAAUCGACGUAAAGGGACAAGAUUUUGAGCUUAUACCGUUUGGUGCUGGCCGGAGAAUUUGUCCCGGUUUGUUCAUCGGAAUGGCCAAUGUAGAGCUUUCACUUGCUAAUCUUCUCUAUAAAUUUGACUGGGAAAUGCCAGGUGGAAUGAAACCGGAAGAGAUGGACACAGAUAAUGUGCUGCCUGGUCUUACGGUACACAAAAAGGAUCCUCUCCUGCUGCUAGCUAAGAACUACAUCUGAUGAGGUUAAUUAUGCAAUGAAUUUUGUGAGAAAAAACAAAACAAUUAUCUGUUUUUUUAGUGAGCAUGAGAUCAUAUGCGGCUAUAUUCUUAACUUUUUCGAAAAUGUAUCAA